AUGGGAUGGAUUGAUCCUCGUGAGAUUCAAUUUGGUAAACAAUUGGGUCAGGGUGCUUUUAAAACCACUUAUUAUGGAACUUAUAAAAAAAUACCAGUUGCUAUUGGAAUGUUAAAUCAUAAUGUUGAUCGAAAUGAUUUUGAACGCGAAAUUUAUAUUCUUAAGAAUUUAAACCAUGAAAACGUUAUAAAGUUUAUUGGGACGUUAAUGUGGUCUCGCGAUGCUCACAAUGCGAGAUGUUGUAUCGUUACUGAAUAUUGUGAUCGCGGAGAUUUACUAAAUUUUAUGAAAAAGAAUGGGGGUCACGGUUUAAAGUUGAAGAUAGCGAAAGGUAUUGCCAAUGGUAUUGAGUAUUUACAUGCAAGAUCAAUUAUUCAUAAGGAUUUGAAAUCAGAUAAUAUUUUGAUAAAAUCAAGUAAUAGAAAUUUUAUCACAGUGAAAAUUUCUGAUUUUGGAGUUUCAAGAAUUAAAUCAAAUAUUGAAAUGAUGAUGUCUACAAGAGGUGCUUUAUAUUGGAAAGCUCCAGAAAUAUUAGGUCGUAACCUUGCGCGUUACAAUGAAAAGAUCGAUAUUUAUUCGGCUGGGCUUGUUUUCUGGGAAAUUUUUACUUGGGGAAGGGAAGGAUUUCCUUAUUCCAAUCUUAGGUUUAUUAAUGAAGAACAUUUUCGCAGAUUCAUUGAACGAGGUAAUCGACCAUCUGUAAAUCUUUUAAUACAAAAUAACAUAGGGAAUUCUAUAAUUGGAUUAAUUCAAAAAAUGUGGGAAACUAAACCAGAAAAAAGGCCAAGUAUAAGACACGUAGUAACGACUUUAUCCACGCUUCAGAGUAGUCAUGCUAGGAGAUAG